CAAUAAACGUGCGAAAUAAUUUGUUAACAUGAAGAAUAAACCGACUCGUCACAAGGAGACGAACGUUUUCCGGUUCAAGCCGUUCUCCGAGAGAGUGACGGAAAUUGAUGUUGACGUCUUCCAUCGUGUGACGCACCGAAACGAGGAUAUUGGCGACGAAGUUGAGACCUAUUUUCACGAGACAUUACAGAAAUGGAAUGUUCUCAAUCUAACAGACGGCUAUACCGCCUUCAAGAAACAAGUGCGAGACAUUAUUACGUUACCCCAGUUGCUUCAUCAGAAACAGCAUGUGAUCGAUAUGCUUAUGCUGUAUCUGAGGAAACGAGACCCUUUGUUCCUGCAGCCUAUUUUGGAAUUAGUUGUGGCGGUAGCAAGAGAUCUUCAGAAAGACUUUUACGAGUACUUUCCAGAAUUCCUGUCCGAGAUAAUUUGUCUGCUGCAAACGAAGGAUGCCGAACAGAUAGAAUAUACAUUUACCACUCUGGCAUACCUGUUCAAGUUCCUGUGGCGAUAUCUGACGAAAAAUAUAACAACUGUGAUUCCUCUGUUGUUACCAUUGUUAGCUGACACACAGCCAGUUUAUAUAAAUAGAUUUGCCGCCGAAAGUUUUGCAUUUGUUGUUCGCAAGAUUAAAGAUAAAGAUUCUUUUCUAAAACUGAUGUUACAUAUUCUAAAAGAUAGACAUGGAAAUGCCAAGGAAAAUGGAAUAUCUGGUUGUGGAAAAUUAUUGUUUGAAGUUAUAGCUGGUACUCCAGGACAGUUCCAUUCCUGCGGCGAGCAGAUGUUGCUGCUUUACUUCAAUGCUUUGCAAGAUGAAUCUGUCGAACAGAAACUCACAUAUGAAGUAUUGAAUGAGAUCGUAUCAUGUAUAUUGCAAAACAUACAUCCUCAAAAAUGCAGUAUUAUGUGGAAUGUGGUACUAAAAGUGAUAGACACGUUCAUUGGAAAGUCGAAGCAGUCACCGGAAUCUUUUGAGAGGAAACAUGCUUUAGUUCUAUUUCUGCGUCUUAUAUAUAUUAUUAUUUGUUAUAAAAAUGGAAAGUUUGUAAUCGAUGCUGUAUCUUUAACGAAAAGAUUUAGCUCUAUGUUGGACGAAUUGAAUGAAAAUAAGGAUAUCUUGCGAGAAAUCAUCAAUGUAUCCGUAGCUGUUCUCUUGGCAUCCAAUGUCAAAUUAAUGCAGGAGAACUCGAGUCAAUUGCUGCUGAAAAUUCUGGCAGUGAACGAUACAGGAUUAUUAUAUUUUGCCGUUGAAAAUUUAAUAAACUGUUCAUCAUUCGAAGCCUUGGUGCUGCCUCAGAUAUUGCGCCGCAGCAUCUCUACCGGAUUCGACAGCAACACGUUGUUCCUAUUUGCUAAAAUAAUUCUCACGAAAGCGUCGUCUUGCCUUAACGGCAUAACUCUGGACAAUUGGAAAAAGUACAUUUUAGAUAUACGGAAUAUCGGAAUUGAAAGUAUCGAUUAUCUCUUGGCAGAAUUGACAACCUUAUCCACUGAUACUGUUUCGCUCGACGCACUGAGAACUUUGAUAAUUUUACCACACCUGAAACCAUUGCGCGAAGAAUUCAAGAACACAUUAAAAGACGGUUUGUUAUUUUUAUAUAAAAAAAUAUCGGAACUUAAUAGUGCGGAGGAUAUUAAUAAGACCGCUUUUGUGUUUUUAUUAACGUUGGAAUCGCUGAUACAUGUGUCAGAACCAAACGAUCUUCAUGAAUUUUUGGUAAAAUCUGACAUAAAAAUAAUUGAUCUUGUUAACAAACAUUAUGACAAUAAAUGCAUUCUAAAUGCGAUAGAUCUCUGUUUAACGUACUUCGCUGCAUCGGAGCAUCGCGUAGACUAUAUAAAUAUCGCAUCGUUUGACAAACUGAAUGACAAUAUAGUGAAAAAAUUGAGUUCACCUUAUGGCAACAUUCGAUUGAUUGCGGCACAUUUAUAUUCUUUAUUUUCUAACGUCGAAGAUCUGAAGAAGUCAUCGAUGGAAGCUGAUGGGAAAAGUGCUAUGGAACUUGUUUACUUGGCGGAAAGUGAGUCCGUGACGAUACAGAACUACCGUAGCAAGUUGCUGUAUUUGCAAGCCUUGGGAUUUCAAAGUCACACGAUAGCUAAUCUAGAGCCGAAAUAUUAUGAAUUUCCGUUGCGAUGCUUGAUAGGCAACUUAUACGUCAAUUUCUCUCUGCUCUGGCAGCCCGUGAGCGCGAUCAUAGCCAGUUACGGCAACAGGGAAUGUCCACAAUUCUGGUCAACGUUUCUGGCCGAAUUAACAUCUAACAACGUACCGGAGACUGAGCGAAAACCAUCGUUUGAUUGUGACGUAGUUUCGUCGUUGGAAAUGCUGAUAGAAAAGCAUGACGACAAGCCCGACUUCGAGAACUGUAGAAUUCUCCUUUGGAAAUGCAUGGUGCAUUUCUCGCAUUACGCCGAGAAGAAGAACAGAGAUCUCACUGGGUUGUUCAUCGAUUUUGUAAACGCGCAUUUUUUCAGAUCUAAUUCCGAUGACGGCAAGUAUUGCGACGUCGAGAAGCGUAAAAAAUUAAUGAACGUAGACAAUGACACGGACGAUGAGAAUGAAAGCGAUGAGGAGCGUGAUGAGAGUAUAAAAGCCGUGCAAAUAGAAGAUUCGAUGAAGAGGAAUUACAAGGUGAAACUUUUACUCGCUCAGAUGGAGAUAUUUGACAAGGUACAGAAUCCAAAGAUGAUGCACAGAGAAGCGGAGCUACGUCAAAUCUAUCUGGACUUACUUUCUUCGAGGAAUGUUGAUAUACAAAAAGCUGCCUUGAACUGUCUCUUCGCAUACAAAUACAAAUAUCUUUUGCCGUAUAAAGAGUCUUUAUAUAAUCUGCUAAACGAGAAGAAUUUCAAGAACGAGCUCGCGCGUUUCAAAUUAGAUCAGGAGAGCAACAUGAUAGAGGAGGAGCAUCGCGAGAGCCUCAUGCCGAUUAUAAUGAGAAUUAUUUAUGCCAAGAUGAUCAUGAAGACCGGUAUGAGGACCGGUGGGAAGGCCGGUGGAUUCGCCCGGCGAAAGAUCAUCCUGCGUUUCCUAAGCGGCUCACAAGAGGAUGAGAUGAUCAUAUUCGUCAAAAUGGCAUUUAGACCGUUCAAGUCGUACGUAUCACUGGAAGUGGAUGAGGCGUUUGAUUUGAGAAAGUACGCCGAGAAUAUCGCCGAUACCGUCGACCUAAGUAACGUGAUGCCGCCUAAGCGCAUGCAGAGUGCCGUGAAUCUGUUGGCGAUAAUAAUAGAACAAUUCGGCGGUAAGAUGACGAAGUUGCUGUCGCGUCUGCUCAGAGUAUUGAUUUGCAUCCUGGCGGAGGUGCACGGAAUUCUGCGACGAUCGGCCGAGGUCUACCCAGGAUAUCUGACGGCGCUCAAGAACGUGAAGACGAGUUGUGUCGGUGUACUGGCGAGAUUCUUUGCGCAUUUCGAGAAUUAUGAUUGGAAGCGGCACGAGAUAGAUGCGGUCUAUCACGUCGCUGUGUUCCCAUCGUUGCAGAAACUGCCGAUCGAGGGUAUACACAGUCCUACGGCCUUGUUGAAGCUGUUCAUGGCAUGGGGUCAAAACUCGCGAUAUUAUCCCCUGUUUGUGAAGCAUCAGGAAGACGACGAGUCGGUCAGUCCUCUCCCUUACAUCAUGCAACUUCUGUUGAAUCCCAAGACGCAUCAAUCCGUCAUCAAUGCCAUCCUGGAGAUGAUCGAGAAGAUGUUGACGUUGCAGGAUUAUGAGAAAUCUAACGAGGACGCGAUGCAAAUGGAUGCACCGUUCUUACCGCUGACGCCGGUACUCAUUGAUCUGCUCGAAGUAGAACGGAAGAUGCUCUCGAGCGAGGUCAACUACGGUUCCGCUAUACUCCUGCCGCAUGUUCCUAGCAUUCUGGAGUUCAUCAGGGAUAGACUUAAAAGAUCCAAUAAGAGCAUAAACAGACUCGAGCUGGUUAUCCUGUCGCGAAUCUCCGAGUUUGUCACGGAUGCUGAGACAUGUGACACAGUGUUGAAGCUGAUAAUACCCGUGUUAAUCAAAAAGGCCACGUUCGGCGGUAACGAAGAGGCCGUUAUGGGCCUGUUGACGACCGUCACGAAUCUGAUAAAAAUUGUAAACCAGCCGGAAAUCCAUGUUCGUUCCAUCGCGCCGUUGAUGGGUGUCCUGUCGGAUGUGCCCGCUCGCAAGAUCCUUCUGCAGCUGUAUCGUAUCAUCGCCGAGAGGUCCGCGGAGGAGCGUCGGGAAGCGACAAUUCAGGAUUACGAGGUCCUGACCGCGCUCAACGCAUGGGAUCGCAAAUGGAUCGAUCAACCAGACUUCCAGAAGAGGUUGGAUGCUUUCGCCCGGAUCAAUGACAUGGCCGGGAGAAAUGCAAUCACGCUGGAAUUCGGUGUAACUGUGAUACACAAUUGCUUUUACUUUCUGAAAACCGAAUCGGACCUGGCGAUGCGAGACUGCUCCGGCCAAUGUCUGAAAGUCGUCGGGUCGAAAUUGGCGAGGGAGCACCAGGGCAACGUCUUGAACAGACGUUACUUGAUGGACGAUACCAUCCUGACACUCACGAGGAGAGGCAUUACGAGCAAAAACGAGGCCGUUCGCCUUCAGUCGAUAGCGCUUUUGGGACAUAUGGCCCUGGAAUGCGCGGACGUGCAUCCGAUCUUACGUGACUUGUCUCUGCUUACCAAUCGAGCAGAUCCCGAAGUCGACUUCUUCGAGAACAUGCAACAUUUACAACUAUAUAGGAGAGCUCGCGCCUUGCUGAAAUUUUGCACGCUCGCUAAAACAUUGCGAAAGCCAUUUAAUCCUAAAACGUUGACACAGUUCAUUAUGCCCCUCUGCUCGUUAUAUUUAUGCAGCGAGGCUUUUAUUCAUAAAAACAGCCUCGUCGAUGCCGCUAUUGAGACUAUUGGAGUGGUGUGCAGAAUGUUGCCAUGGCACCAUUAUGAGAUUAUCUUGAAAUAUUAUUUGGGCAAACUGAAGAGCUCCACGGAAUAUCAGAAACAAGUCGUCAGAAUAGUGGUGACGAUAUUGGAUUCCUUUCAUUACGAUCUUUCGAAGUACAAACCAGCACAAAAAAUCGCGCAAAUCGAAGUUACUUCGACGGUAACAGAGAAUAGCUCGACUUUUGUCGCUGAAGAAAAAGAAGAACAAGCUGAAGACGCGACUAUUAAAGAUGAAAACCUUGAGAGCACGGAGCAAGAAGCCGAGGAAGAAUUAGAGAAAGCGUUGAACAAUGAAAACAUUGAAGUCGUUGAAGAAAUAACGGAAAAAGAUAAAGAAGAUUUGCCGGUAAUUGAAAAGCAAAUGCUACUUUCUCAAUACGGCGCAAAGAAAGUAGUGUUUAGUAUAUCAAAUGGCUUGUUGCCUCAACUGCAUCGUUCUAUUGUGGCCAAAACUCGGCAGGACACUAGCCAUAAGAUCAACAAGAAGAAAGUCGCUUCCGAGAUAGAAGAAGAUGAUCUGCUGAGAGUCCCCAUCGCUCUCGCUCUUGUUAAAUUAUUGCAGAAAAUGCCCGAGAAUGUUCUGGAUGCAAACCUGCCAGGAAUUUUUAUGAAAUUAUGUACAUUCCUCAAAUCGCGUAUGGAAUCAGUUCGACGUGCAACUCGCGAGAUAUUACAGAAAAUUAUGAUAACUUUGGGACCAAAGUAUCUUCAUCAUCUUUUGAAAGAACUGAAUACGCUGUUAACAAAGGGCUUUCAAGUGCAUGUUCUCGCGUAUACAGUACAAGCCGUUUUACUCGCACUGAAACCUUAUUUCCAGGAAUUUGAUAUCAAUAAUAAUUUACAAAGCAUUCUAUCGGUAUGCAAAGUGGAUCUCUUUGGAUUAACUGCGGAGGAAAAGGAGGUGAUCGGUAUUACCAAAAAUGUAUCAGAGGCAAAAAGUACUAAAAGCUUUGAUAUUUUUCAUAUAUUAGCGGAAUUUAUAACAGAAUCCUGCUUAUUGGACUUAAUCCUACCGUUAAAGGAAGUUCUAAUAAAGACACACUCACAUAAAACGAUAAACAAGAUUGUGGAAUGCCUAAGGAAUGUAACUCUGGGAUUGGCGGACAAUACUUACAUACCGCUGGAACGAAUGCUCAUAUUUCUUUAUGGUAUUAUCUCAGAAAGCAUACCAGAUCUCAUACCCGAAAAGGAAAGUAAAAAACUCGCGGAAGAGAAAACGAAAACUUUGAUCCAGCAAACGGAUUACCUUCUCAUACCGCCAGAACCCAAAAACAAGAUGGGUAUCAAAGCUACUGCGAAAACCACCAAGCGUGCCAAUAUUCAUGUAAUGAUCGAAUUUGGUCUAAGGUUGUAUCAUAUAUUGUUAAAACGAGACAAAAUCUCCAGUACGGAUUAUAAACAUUACUUAGAACCAUUCGUGUCAGUUUUGAGCGAUUGCUUGAAAGCUCAGCAUGUUAAAUUAUGUACCAUAGCGUUACAAUGUUUAAAUUGGAUGCUUAAGAUGGAUCUAGAUUCGAUGCGCACAUCGAUAUCGGAUAUUUGUACUACUAUGUUCGGCAUUCUGCACAAAUACGCUGCCGCGGGAUUAAGUAAGGGAGAUAACUUCGACCUCGUGAUGACCACGUUUAAAUGCAUGUCCGUGCUCGUCCGCGACGUGAAACACUUCAGCAUUAAUGCCGAACAGUUGAAGAUUCUUAUCUUGUAUGCAGAACAAGAUUUACAUGACAGCGACAAGCAUGCUACCGCAUUUACUCUACUCAAAGCUAUAAUACAUCGAAAAAUGAUUAUUCCCGAGAUGCACGCUGUUAUGGAGAAAGUUGCUAUGCUCAGCAUUACCUCGGAUCUGGAACAUAUUAAAUUGCAAUCGCGAUCCGUAUUUUACUCGUAUCUAAUGAGUUAUCCGCUUGGCAAACAUUUAGACAAACACAUAUAUUUCUAUCUUACUCAAUUGAGCUACGAGAUGCAGCCAGGUCGAUUGAGCGCGCUGGAGAUGAUUCAUAGCAUCGUCACGGGAUUCCCAUUGAAAACGCUAAUUGGAAGAUCAGAAAUCAUAUUCGCAAUGACUGGAGCGAGAUUGAUAGAUGACGACGAUCCGACCUGCCGUAAACUUGGCGCAAAGUGCAUAAAGGAAAUGCUAAUGCGACUACCCUACAACAAUAGGAACAGAUUGUUUGAAAUACCUCUUCAGUGGUUAAAUGAUCCUAAGAUAAGAUAUCGGACAUUAGCGGCACAACUGUGCGGCAUAUUUGUGACCGUCGAGAAAAACGAUUUCGAUUCACGGCUGCCGCAAGUCUUGCCGUUGUUAUUGAAGCAAUUUAAUAAUUUUUCCGCUUCCGAUAACACGAAGCUCGAAAAACAUAUGAAACUAGAUAAUACAAAUGACUUACAGGAAGAUCCCAAUGUAAAGGGAGAAAGAAUGAAGGAUCAUCAUAUAAUUCAAGUAUUACAGUUGCUAUUAAAAAUAGCGAAUUACGGAUCUUUUUUCACGAGCGGAAAGUACAAAGAGUUCGUUGACUGUUUUGCUGAACGUAGCCAAUCUUUGCUUGCGCAUCCGCAUUUAUGGGUUCGAUUGGCAGCUGCGCAAUUAAUCGGUUUUAUUCUCGCUGCUCUUGAUGUAGAUAAAAUCGUGAAACUUUUAAACAAUCCAGAGAAUGAUAAAACGUGUGAAGGAUACAUGUACACAAGGCCCGUGGAUACUUUAAAGAGUCUGAUUCUAGAUUUAGUGGCUCAACUUUAUCCGGACAUGACAUUUGAGGAAUUGGCAGAUCAAGUCGUGAAGAAUCUAAUUUUUAUUGCAAGAAUGUUAAAAUCGGUCGUAGGAUCCGCUGCGAAAAGCGAUGAGCAAGAAAAUGGAAAUAAAGCAGUGGAUAGUAAUAAUUUGUCUCUUUCUUGGCUUAUAAGGAGAUUGAGGAAAACUGUUAAUAUAGAGAUAACACAAAUGCCUAAAUCAACAUCAGUAAGAACUGCUGUGUUUAAGUUUAUUGCGGGCAUAGUAACCACAGUGCCUAUGGAGUAUCUGAAAGCAAUGCUUUUUAACAUUAUGUCUCCAUUGGUACGGGAAAUGGCUACAACAGAAGAAAUGAAUACUGAAUUACGACGGCUUGCCAAAGAAGUAGCUGCUAUGAUUAAAAAAUCUAUAGGAAAUGAAGAAUAUGCCAAACUAUUGAAUCGAGUACAACAAAAAUUAGACAUUAAACGAGCGGAAAGAAGAAAAGUUCGUGCGCAACAAUUUGUGACCGAUCCGGAUUUAGCGGCUAAGCGUAAACUAGCAAAACAACAAAAAAAGAAGGAAGCUAAGAAAAGAAAGUUGGAUAAUAAUAAAAGGAAAAAAACAGACAAAAAACGCAAGAAAAAGGUAGAGCUGGAUGAUUUGUAAUGAUAUAAUUUAAGUAAGAAUUUUAGUCAAUAGUCGAUAUAUAAUCAUAUUUACUAUAUGAAUAAUUAGUUAUUCUGUAUAUAUCUUUAACUAUAAUAAUAAUUAUAAACGCUAAACUAUGUAGUUUAACUUAUUUGAAGAAGUAUAAAAGAAUAUAUAAAUUCUUGUAUAUAAA